AUGAGCUCGUCGGCCACAAACCAAUGGCCUCCUAGGCGGCCUUCCAAGCGGAGCAAGCUUCGAAACGGCACCUUCAUUGUUCCCGGCACCGGCGAACGCAGUCGCCGCCAAUUCUCCCUCCGUGGCUCGAGCAUCGAAAUCCCUUCUCCUGAAGUCGACGGCUACCGAUCUCUCCUGACCGCCGAGACGACCGGCGAAUCUUUCAAUGUCGUCAAACACAAUAUCAAGACCAGCGCCUCCCGCUUCUGGGACUGGCUGCUUUCACCGGCGGGCAAGGGAGUGGUGAAAUGCUCCGUCGCAUAUCUCCUCGCCAGUCUGGCAACCUUCCUUGCACCGAUAUCGACGUUUCUAGGCAAGCCUGAUGGAAAGCACGUUGUCGCGACUCUGACGGUCUAUUUCCACGCCAGUCGGACGUGGGGUUCCAUGGUCGAGGCCGCAGCCAUCGCCACUAUUGCUGUCUUGUACGCCGAGGUCGUCUCGGUCAUCUCCAUGCUCUUCUCUGUUCUCGUCGGAGGGAAGCUCGGUCUCAUCCCGUUGUCACAUGUUCUCAUUCUCACAUUCUGCAUCGGCGGCGGUCUUGGCUUCGUUGGUUGGGUCAAGCAGAGGCUCAAUAACCCGCUAGUCAAUGUCGGCUGUACUCUUGCAUCUAUCGCCAUUAUUGCCGUUAUUACCAGAGAAGAGGCGAUUCAUGAGGGGCACUUCUCUGAGGCCAAGAUAGUCCAGGUCCUUAAGAUGUUGGUCAUGGGCAUCACCAUCGCCGUGGCGGUCAACCUAUUGCUUUGGAGAGUCUCAGCGAGAGCAUUGUUGCGCACCUCCUUGAACGCCGGUGCCGUAUCCCUCUCAGACAUGCUCGCCAUGAUCACUCGCGGCUUCUUGAAUGGCUCAGAGAACGAGAUCAUGUCGGGGGACUUCGCCUUCGUCGUGAGGCAGUACAAGGCUACUCAUGCUAAGAUGACGAAGAGCCUUAGGGAGUCCAAGUUCGAGCAUUGGGUUUUGGGCCGCGAGAAGGUAUACGACCUGGAGAAGGCUUUAGUCAAGUCGCUCGAGUCACUGUCGCAGGCUAUCGGGGGCUUAAGGAGUGCUGCUGACACGCAGUUCAGUCUUCUAAAGGAGCUGCCUCAAGAUCCCAUGGCUGGACAGCUCUCUCCUGGCAGCACUGUCUUCUCCCCCACACUUUCUCGUGCGAUGUCACAGUAUCUGAAGGGUUCCCGAGACAGAUUUGCUACCUUGGCAUCUAUUGAUGAGGAUGAGGAAUUUGAGGACGAAAUUGACGACCACCCCAGCCCUGAAGCGACACCAGAUGGGCCGCCACCACCCCUCCCUCCAUUCAAAUCACCAAGCGAGAUCUUCGAACUCUUCAUAGCGCUGUUGGGUCCUUCUAUGAAGUCGCUUGCAUACACGCUUUCGGAGAUCCUCAGAGAGCAGGCUUUCGGUGCUGGUGCGGACUCUAAGAUCACUGUUAACCCGCACUUUAAGCACAGUUUGCAGGACGCCAUGACAUUGUACAACCAUGCGAGGACCAACGCGCUCCAAGAACUGUACACUAGCAUUGAGCUCGGGCGGUCGAGAUCGGAGAAGAUCCAGGCAGAUAUUGAAGAGGUCGCGGCUGCUUGCGGACACUUCAGUUUCAGCUUGCAACACGUUGCCGAGGAUAUCGAUGCCUACUUGACAGCACUCGAGGAGCUGAAGUACCACAGGGAGUUAGGCUCUCGCAGCUGGAACUGGCUCAAGCCAUGGAAGUAUUGGAACACCCCCUCGCCACCAAGAGAACCGGACCCGAACAACCUUGAUGCUGAGCGCCUGCUGCAUCAGCCAAUGGAUGCGACUGAGCAGCCUGUCCGGCCUCUCAGAAAAUCCGCCGUGCCUAGAGGCAUUCCGGAUACCAUGAUCAAACGAAGAGACACGUUCAGCUGGGACGCUGCUCCGAAUGCGAGUACGAUCCUACGUCUGCUUUCGCAAGUGAUUCUCAAAUUCCUCAGGGUCUUGUCCCGUGAUGACAUUCGCUUUGGUGUCAAGGUUGGCUUCGGUGCCGCCCUCUGGGCAGCUUGUGCUUUCCUUCCGGCAACCAAAGAUGUAUAUCGACACUGGCGAGGCGAGUGGGGUCUGUUGUCUUUCAUGAUUGUUGCGUCAAUGACGGUAGGCGCUGCCAACACUACCGGUACUGCCAGGUUCAUCGGCACUAUCGCUGGAGUAGUAUUCGCGAUGACGGCCUGGGCAAUUAGUCAAGGUAACGGUGUUAUUCUUGCAUUCUUCGGCUGGAUGGUGAGCUUUUUCUGCUUCUACAUGAUGUUGGUGAAGAACAACGCCCCCUUCGGUAGAAUCACGAUUUUGGCCUGGAACGUCACAGUCCUUUACGCAUACUCGCUCUCACAGAAGGUGGAGGACGAUGAUGACGAUGAAGGUGGCGCCAACCCUUUGAUGUUUGAGAUUUGCUACCACAGAUUUGUCGCCGUCACGCUUGGUAUCUUGUGGGGUAUCAUUGUGUGUCGUGCGAUCUGGCCUAUCUCAGGCAGAAAGAAAUUCAAGGAGGGUCUCUCUGUGCUCUACCUGCAGUUGGGACUUAUCUGGAAGAGAGGGCCGCUAGCCAUCUUGCUCCGAAGCGACAACACAAGGUCUUACAUGAGGGCUGGAGAAGAGCAGGCUCUGCAACGUUACGCGUCGAAACUUGAGGCUUUGCGUAACGCAGCAAAGAGUGAAUUUGAGCUUCGAGGCCCGUUUCCCGAUGCGGCAUAUGCCCGCAUCAUGUCGUCUACCAGCAAGAUUCUCGAUGGCUUCCAUGCCAUGAGACUCGUCACUUCAAGACGCGGCCAACUGUCGGAUGGCGAGAAAGCGUUGCUCGAAUACACGGCCCCAGAGCGCGCACAACUUUGCGACCGUAUCUGCCACGUUUUCCAGGUGCUCGCCAGCUCAAUCAUGUUGGAGUAUCCGCUCACUGACGCCAUUCCGUCGGUGGUUGGCAACAAGGACCGGCUGCUGGGCAAAAUCUACCAGUUCAGAAAAGAGCACCAUCCAUCCACGCAGCCGUCCACUCCAGGGGCGGAACCGAAUGGCAAUGGAAACAGUAACGGGAGCAGCAACGGCAACAGUAAGGACGACAUCGUUGUUGAAGAGAAGGACUAUGCGUUGUUGUACGCGUACACCUUGGUCACGGCUCAGGUCGCCCAGGAGUUGGAAUACGUACAAAGAGAAGUUGAGAACCUUUUUGGUGUACUGAACACCGAGGCACUUUUGCUGCAGUAA